AAAAAAAGAAUAGCACAGUGUAGUGUCUCUGAAGGCGGUGGUGCAGGAAGAAGUAUUGCUUGAGUUUUACGUGUUUGUAACAAGCAAACAGAGACGAACGAAUUUCACAUUUUCCCUGAUUUAUAGAUUGACAAGCCGACGCAAAGAUGUCUGUCGCUGGCCUGAAGAAACAGUUUUAUAAAGCGAGUCAGAUGGUGAGUGAGAAAGUAGGAGGAGCAGAAGGAACAAAGCUGGAUGAAGACUUUAAGGACCUGGAGAGGAAGGCUGAUAUCACCAGUAAGGCCAUAGUGGAAGUGUUAUCCAGGACAUCCGAGUAUCUGCAGCCCAACCCAGCGUCUCGGGCCAAACUGUCCAUGUUGAAUACUGUGUCCAAGAUUCGAGGGCAGGUGAAGAGUCCCGGGUAUCCACAGGCAGAGGGAGUUUUGGGAGAGAGCAUGGUCAGAUACGGCCGUGAGAUGGGGGAGGACACCAACUUCGGUGGUGCUCUUGUUGACAUGGGGGAGGCUAUGAAAAGGCUGGCUGAAGUAAAGGAUUCCUUGGAUAUCGACGUGAAGCAGAACUUCAUCGACCCUUUCCAGACCAUCGUAGACAAGGAUCUCAAGGACAUCCAGCACCAGCUGAAGAAGGUGGAGGGCCGGAGGCUCGAUUAUGACUACAAGAAGAAACGGCAGGGAAAGAUUCCAGAUGAGGAGCUGCGCGCUGCUUUGGAAAAAUUCCAUGAGUCCAAAGAGGUGGCAGAGAUCAGCAUGCACAAUCUUUUAGAAACUGACGUGGAACAGGUGAGCCAGCUCUCUGCUCUGGUGGAGUCUCAGCUGCAGUAUCACAAGCAGGCGGUUCAGGUUCUAGAAGAACUGUCAGAGACAAUGAGAGACAGAUUGAACAAUGCCCAGGCUCAUCCACAUCAGAAGCGAAUGCCCAGGCCGAUGCCCAGCAUUGACUCAGACCCAGAGUCUUCUAACGGAGGCUUCAGUCCAACGUCUCACCCUCAGAGCUUUAAUGCAGCACCUGCUUUACCCACCCGAACCUCUGUACGCCAGAAACGACAAUCAAUGGACCAGCCUUGUUGUAAAGCACUGUAUGACUUCGAGCCAGAGAACGACGGAGAGCUGCCUUUCCGCGAGGGCGACAUCAUCACACUGACCAGCCAGAUCGAUGAGAACUGGUACGAGGGCACGGUGCAUGGCCAGGCCGGCUACUUCCCCUGCAACUAUGUGGAGGUGGUGGUACCUCUCAAUCGUUAAAACAUGCUGACUGGAGAAAUGAGGGGUGGAGGGGAAGAGAGCGAGAGAGAGGUGAUGUGAUGGAGAGUUAAAGUAAAGGCUGGAGACUUGGAGCAGUGUAUGAAUAUGAACUACGCCAUGAGACACACAAUAUUCUGUCCUUUCCUGUGCAGUUUUUCUGCACUAAGUCUCUUCAGUCACAAUCUUGUUGGAGGUGGGUCUCUAAAACACUAUCAUAUCCAGAUUUCCUGUCCUGCCCUCAAUUGAGUGACUGAACCAAGAGAAAUUAUUUCCUUUAUUCCCUAAUUAUAAAUAUUUUUUCUAUAGAAAUACGUUAAAUAUGUCUUUUUUUUUUAAAAAAAAAUCAUGAUGUACAUCUGUUGAUUCUAUCCUUCUUACUAUGUAAACAGGCUUGUCUUUGCUUUUUUUUAGUUAUUUGGCCCUCGCGUUGUUUCUGCCCUCUAGUGGCGGUACCGCGAUACAACACCACAAAUCCAAUCUGAUAUCUGAUUUCAUCUUCUUUUUUUGUACGAGAAAAAAAAAAUCGAAUUUCGAUAGAAGCUAAUGACAUUUUUGUCAACUAAUCCGAAUGUCUGACCAUACUCAGCCUACUACUCGUGUUUAUUUGAGAACAGUAUUGCUCACAGCUGCUGUAGUUUGAUAUUCCAGCACCUGCAACCCCUCACUAAUGAUGUUUAACCAUUUCUCUAGCUGGUUAGGAGAAAUGAUGAGGAAAGUUUGCUUAGUCUUGAUCUAUAAAUUGGGACUCGAUCUCUUGAUGUUUGUUUACAGCACACAGCACUUGAUUGAAAGACAUGCCUGGAAUGUUACCCUGAGUGAUCGACAAUUUGACAAAAAAUAAUCAUUUCUUACAUAAUCCAUCUUUUAUUUGCUUCUCUUCUCUCAGAUGCUUUUUGUUUAUCAAGGCCUUCUCGACUUGAUCAAAUCUGUAUUGCUUUCGUUUUCUUUGUGUAACAUUUAUUAUAAAUAUUUUUAUUAUUAUUAUUAGAAAUGAUCUGCUACAGAGGUGGACAAAUUCAUAUUAGCUUGCUAAGUCUACCGUGUUUCCUAGUCUCAUAUUUUGGUGGCCCAGAAACGGAAAUGUUGGGUAAAAGUGGUAGCUUGAGCUUGAGUUUUAAUAACACAGCUACUGUAGCUAAUUAAGUGCUAGCUUAUCAGUCGAACACGUAUAUACGUACAUGCUCAAAAAAAUCUGGAAGUUAUUGGCCAAAGAUAUAGCUGAGAGAUCAACUACCGUCCUGGCUUCGUGCGUAAAAUAUAGUAUUUGUCUAGUGUUACAUUAUUCUCUCUCUUUGGCUUGUUAUAUUUCAGCUUUGUACUGCACUUUAUUUCUCUCUGAUUCAUCAUUAUUUCUCUCUGAUUUGUCUGCAUCUUUCUGAUUUAGAUGCGUGUUUGCUAAUUAAUUUCACGCAUUAAAGUCGCUAAAACCAAACCGUUAACUGGAAAGCUCCUUUAAAAACCAAUAUAGCUACAUCAACACAAUAAAACUUAUAUGGCUAUUGAGAAAAUUAAAAAAAAUAAAGCAUGAUUUUAUUUUUUUUUCAGGUUCGAAUAGUCCGGAUGAAAUAAAUACUAAAUAAUUAAUAAAUAACUAAAUAAUUAAUUAAUGUUUACAGCAUCAUUUUACAUCACUCCGCCAUAACGUGCCAGCAUUUGUACACUGCUACUGUAUAUAGCAAGUUCCUUAGCGGUGCAACAGAAAAGCGAUCAAUCUGUUGCACGAAUACCUAUUAUGUUGAGCUAGAGCAAUUGUUUGUGCUCUCUGUAUGGAAGAGAUGUCAUUCACAGCAGCUUGAAAAGAUGAGAUUUGGUGUCACGUGAUGGUGUAAGCUGCUGGCAUGGAAUUAAAAACGGCUACUUUAAGUUGAGUCAAGGUUUUUAUCUUCCUCCUUAUUUAUUGAGAUUUUGCUACUGAUUUGUCCACCUCUGUAAUAUAUAACUUGUAAGAUAUGUAACAUCUCCAUAAAGUAAACCGAGCUACUUUAAUAUACUCUUUAAAAAUUGAACCACACUGUGUACAUGUGUACUGUGCGUUAUGGUGGACCUCCAUAUCCUCCCCGGUUAUUCCUUCCUGUACCAGUCUUUACACGUACAAAACUUGGACCUAGGUUUUUUGGGUGAGUCCCUGAAUCCACAGCAGUGUCAGAAGGUGCACAUGGGUUUUGUUUCAGCACUUAAACUCAUUUUAAACUUUACUGCUUCAUAUGUAAAAUAAAAUUAAAACGAGGCUUGGAACUAAACACAAGCAGACCAUGGAAUACGGGGUUAUAUCAACAGUUUUCACUCAUCUUCCACCUCUGGGCCAUUUUUUUAUUAUACUCUGACACUACAGAAUUUACCUUAUGUUUAAAUGUCUGUAGGAUGUGGGUGUUUUUCCCAAUUUUUGAAUUAGCUGCUCGUUAUCUUUUUAUUUUUCAGCUUAAUUAAAACCGCACUAUUUCUGUAACCAAGACGUUCUACAUCCAUUUCCUCUCAGAAAUCACUCUACCACAUGCACAGGUUUGUUAUUGAGUGUUUAAUCAGCACAGUGAAAAGAGGUGUCUGUCUUUGUAAUGAAGCACAUCACGGUAUCUUGUCUCGGUCUGCUCCGUUUCUGAUGGUCUCACACUCCGUAUGGUAUUUUAUAUGUAUGAGGUAUUAAACUGCAAAUCCAACUAUCAUGGGAUGAUUCUAUAUUUUUUAAUUAUUUUUCAUAUUUGGAAUAUUAACUAUCAGAAAAGAAAUGGCUUUAUUUUAAUACAUUGCAAAAACAACUAGACCUAAUUGAGGACAUUCUGUAAUAUGUGAGGUGAUUUGCUGCUUACAUUCACAUGUAGCAUUAGUGUCUUUUCUUAUAAGGGGUCCACUUUCUGAUAAAGCCUCAAACAUUUGUGCCCGCAUCUCUCUUCCGUUAAUGUUUGUUUCCUGUUGUUACAGUGAAUGACUUAAAAAGGUAUAUUUUCAUCUUAAAUAAACAGUAAAAUGAAAA